GAGAAAAACGGAGACGAAGGAGAUAAAAUUUUUGUGUCGAAAAUUUUUACCAUCCGAUGUCGACAGAUUUUUAAUUUUUAAGCUUUUAAAUCGUGUCCACAGUACCUAAGAAUCUCGCCCGUUCCACAGAAUCACAUAGCAAAACUGGACGAAAGUGGUGGAGUAAUGAACCAGCAGCGACAGCAACAACAAAUCAGUAGUAGUUAAUGCAACAUCCAGUUCUUCAUUAUCUCCAUACGACAAAUAAAACCCGAGGACAAAAUCGAAGCAACCAUAAUAAUACAGGCCAACCCUAUCCGAUAUCAACGGCGAGAUCCGAGGGAAAUAUUCUUACUUAAUCGGUGGCUGGAGAAUUAGCUAAAGGGAGGAAAGAUCUAAUUCGAAGACCCUGCCAAUCUUACAACCUCCUUCUGUCCAGCCCACCAAACCAUUAUACACAGUAAAGAGCUAGAAUCAUCCAGCUGAUAGAUCUUCCCGCCCCGCACAAAUCAUCAUUUCGGAACAUACCCCUCAUUUCGGGUCUAGAUUGCGUGAUAUUUCGGAUCCAUCGUAUCAAAAUUGAUCACCGUUGUCACCCAUCUAGCUUGAUCCAUUUUGGUUGUACAUGUACCAUACCAAACAAUAAGACAAAGAAAACAAAACACGGAGAUCUUAUAAAUUAUCUUACUGUGCCGUUGGUGCCACCGCGGAAUCUUCUGCUGCUCUGUCUCGUUGCCGCUGGAUGUUGUGAUGUUCUCUAACGGGCUUCCCUGCAAUCUGCCCUUUCCCAGCUGUCUCGGGGUGCCAAAGGAUAGUGGAAGCGACGAACUGCUGCCGACAGCGAUGGGAAGCCGCGAACCGGUCAUACUCAACGUGUACGAUAUGUACUGGAUCAACGAGUACACAACCUCGAUCGGACUAGGAGUGUUCCACUCGGGUGUGGAAAUAUUCGGAACCGAGUUCGCCUACGGAGGUCAUCCGUUCCCGUUCACCGGUGUGUUCGAGAUAUCCCCACGGGACCAUGACGAACUUGGUGAACAGUUUCGAUUUAGACAAAGUAUACAAAUUGGCUGCACAGAUUUCACCGAGGAAGAUGUCCGUCGAAUUGUGGAAGAGCUAGGGAAUCAGUUUCGAGGUGAUCGGUAUCAUCUGAUGAACAACAAUUGCAACCAUUUCACCGGCGCAGUCACUCAGAUUCUCUGCGGGCAAGAGAUUCCAAGUUGGGUGAAUCGACUGGCUCACUUCAGCUCCUGCGUACCUUUUCUGCAGCGCUGUUUACCAAAAGAAUGGUUGACUCCUAAUGCCUUACAACAAUCGAUAACAGCCAUACAGGAUCGUGACUCGGAUUCCAGUCCAUUUUGAGAAUAGCUAGUAGAUAGUGUUCAUGUUUCUGACGGCGGCACGCCACACUUUGUCACCGAGGGAAAGAACAAUAGUAAAAACAAUAACAACAACAACAACAACGCUAGAGACAACAAAUAAUAUUAAAAGAUUUCAACCAAACUCCAGUAUCGAAUGAAUGGUUAUAGGAAGGAUAUCUCGGUGACAGUUGGAAACGUGAAUUCUGAACGAAUUUUCUCAUUUUUUUGGUUUGUUUCUCGAUAACCCGCCAAGUUGUAGGUGUUAUUAUAUUUAUAAUAUUCGUUUUUUGUAACGUGUCGGUUUCCUCUUAUUGUCUUUGUCAAUAAACCAAAUCAACUAUUGAGGCAAAUCAAUGUCCAAUUGUGAACACUAGGCUAGGUACGUGUUUUUAGAACUUACUUGAAAAUUUUCCCCAUCUUGUCACAAAGCUCCAUUUUCUUUCAACCUACCUUAAUAAGCAGAGAAAUAUCGUUUUGUCAUCAUUAUUUUUUUUAACGAAAUGAUAUUACAGCAACUGGAUUUCUAAAGAACAAUGAAAAUAAGCGAAAAUUAAAAACAAAAAACGUGUAAUAUAUAUCUUUAACUUAGACGACAGUGGAGAAGAAAGUAUUCGUUUCAAAUUGAACUUAAAAAUAAAGAAAAUAGAACGUAAGCAACAGCAAGAGUAAAGAAGUAUGUAAUUAUAAAUACUUAUUAAAGAAAAUAAAGCAUAAUGAACAAAGUCUAUAUUGAAGUAAACAUAAAAAAAUCAGUUGAAACGCGAAAUAUUUAAACACUGUUUGAACGGCAACUAAUACUAACUGAAUAGAGAGAUACUGAGAUGCACUAGAGUAGAUGGAAUUAAUUAAAACAAGAAGAAACUCUCAUUAGUGUAUGUUAAACUAAAACAAAAUAAUAAGUUCUGGAGAGUUUAUUUGAGAUGAUUGCGAAUGAUCAUACACAGUUGAAGUUUAAUUAUGACAAUGAAUGACAAAAGUCGACAUUAAAACCCAAAAUGCUCCACUGAAUGGAACAAUAAAAUACCAACAACAUCACCAAGCGAACAACAAAACACGAGUAUUUACGGUUAAAAAUAAUGCAAGUGAGGUUAUGUUUGUAGGGUCGUUCCGAUCGAUUGAUAGACGUGAAUAUUUUAGACAAAUCUCGUAGAUUGUGAAUUUUGGCGUACGCAGAAAGUAGAGGAAAGGUCAAACAAAUUGUUUGCUCCAUUUUUUUUAUUAGUAGAUUUUUUUUUUCGAAAUCAAGAACCUUUUGUAUAGCGUUUCGUAAACCUACUUGCCCGAUUUUUUGUCGAAACAGAAAUAAAUGACCUACUAUAAAAUAAAAUCCAGAAUAAGCAAUUUAUUUUUUAAAUCGCACGAUUUACAAACGAAAAUUCUAACCCGUUAAACAGGUGGACAGCAGCAGAAGAAAA